GAAAGUUUUCGGAGCGUUCGAAAAAAGUGGAAAUAAAAAAAAGAGGGAAAAAGUGCGCUGUCGCGUGGAGUUGGCGCGAGGGGCGCAGCCGCGCCGAAAUUUCCUCGUCAGUCCAGCAUUGACCGUCGUCCGUGUUCGCGUUUUUUUAAUCCACUUUUCCCAUCGGAACGCAAAAUUCUGCCUUCAUAUGAGAACACAAGAUAUUGAUAUAAACUGAAUAAAAAUAAUUUAUGACAAUUUGCAUGGUUGUUAAAAUGUCACAUAGUUUCUGUGUGGAUAGUUUAAUAUUUUAUUUAUUAUAAAAAGAUGUAAAAUUGUAAAAUUUACGAGAUUUUGCAGGUUUCGUAUAUUGGUUGUGUAAACAGUCGGUAAAUUUUAGUGGUGCUUGUUUAAACAACAUUGCGAGGACAAUACCGUGUAAACAAUAAGGGGGAUGAAGGGUGGUCGUUCGAUGAGUGGUGAAUUUUUAGUACUAAUGCUUUUGAAUUUGGAGAUAACUGAAAAGUAUAUUUUCUAGAGGCAGAUAUCGGCCAUAUCAGAGAGAUUUGGCAUGUAGAAAAUGACCCGGGAUACAGCGAGAGAGGGGGGCUGGAACGUAGAGGAGGGUGAAUUUGUGGAGCAAGCGAACGAUGAUGUCGAUGCACGCAACCUUCUGAUCAACGAACCGUGUCACCCCAGUCCUUAUUCAAAAUUGAAAGAUCAGCUGUAAAAACCGAGCAUAUGCCGUAGAAAAGAAGCCGCACCGAGAGUCCUCCGUCGGGUGGAUUCGCGUUGUAAACAAAAUCGAGGGUUGCGAGGGGUGAGGAGCGCAAGUGGAGGGGACAGGGACACCUCCGGGUGGUGCGAGACUGCGAGGUGUCCGUAGUACUCGUCAGUAGCACGGCGGUCACAGAUCCUUUCGGAACUGAAAAGCUGCCUGAACGCGACCUCUGUCCUCAACAUUCUGUCUGUGAACUCUGCGUCAACAACGUGCUUGAAGUCCGUCCCCAGUGACCGCGUUGCUUUUGUAUUUUAACUUGCGAGUGGCGAGUUUGAGGCUGGAAGGUGGAUCAAGAGUUAAUCCCUGAAGAGGUCCCUUGAUCGAUCGAGUAUCCAAGACUGAUCGCGAUGUCAACGUUACACCGGUCGUUGACACAGUUGCCGGGUUGAAAUUCGGACUUGUGUGCUCCAGUUUCUGAUCAAAGGACGUUGUCGAGGAUCGAGGAUGAAGGCGGAAGGCAACAACGGCUACCUUAGUGUCAUCACCGAACAGAACGAGAUCACCGGUGUGGCCGGCCAGGAGACACCUGCUGCUAAUACUCUUCAAGUUACAUAUGGUCCUCAUGGAAGCACAACAACAGUUCUCCAGCAAACGGAGAACAGUCGAAGGCCGAGUGGUGGAAUGGCGCGGACCAUGUCCAUCAGCCGUAGACGAAGAGAACCAGCUAGCAGGCAUCAAUUGCUCGGUGUUCUGGCUGUCACUCUUCUCGCCACUUGUCUCUUCAUUCUUCUGUUGUUGGCGUUGAACGCGAGCCGCGAAUGCGUGCAGGAACUACAUCCAAACGUUUGCAUGACAGAGGAGUGCGUCAGAACAGCCGCCAGUCUCUUAUCAGCGAUGGAUCGAACAGCAGCACCUUGCGUCAAUUUCUUCCAAUACGCCUGUGGCACUUGGAAUCGUCUCCACGUUAUACCAGAAGACCGUAGCUCGAUCAGCACCUUCGAAGUCUUGGCAGACCAACUGCAGGUGAUCCUGAAGAGGGUACUAGAGGAGCCACCGAACGACCAAGACAACAACGCCACCCUGAAGGCGAAGAUGUUCUACAAAUCUUGCAUGGACAUCCCUCGUAUCAGGGAAAUCGGCGACCUCCCGCUGAAAAAGACACUGGAAUAUCUUGGUGGUUGGCCAGUGGUGGUAGGACCAUCCUGGAAACCACCACCGUAUUCCGUGGAGGUGCUUCUGGGUCGACUUCGUGGCGAAUACAACGAGGGAGUGUUGCUAGAACAAUGGGUCGGUCCUGAUGACAAGAACUCCUCGGCCAACAUCCUCCAGUUGGAUCAAAUGCAACUGGCGUUACCUAGUAGGGACUACUACCUGAAAAAGAACAGCGAGUCCGAACUGAAGGCGUAUCACCGUUACAUGACGAACGUAGCCGUACUCCUCGGAGCUAAUCCCCAAACCGCAGCCGUGGAGUUCGAGCGCGUGAUAGUUCUCGAAAAGCAAUUAGCCAACGCAUCCAUGCCCGAGGCAGACAGGCACGACACCUCCGCCAUUUACAGAAAGUUGACGCUGCGCGAGUUGCAGCGAGAGAUCCCGCAACUGAAGUGGAUUGAGUACCUUCAAGAGUUCAUCAGCGCUCCAAUCACCGACGAAGAACCGAUCGUCGCGUACGCCAUGCCGUAUUUCGUUCAAAUGGGCCGCAUUGUGCAAAGAACGAAUCGCAGGACACUGCAUAAUUAUAUACUCUGGAGACUAGUCAUGUCGAUCAUGCCGCAUAUGAUAGACGAAUACCAGCAGAAACGGGUCGAGUUUCGCAAAAUACUGCUGGGGAUAUUGAGCGAGAGGAACAGGUGGUCGCAGUGCGUUGAUUGGACCAAUAAGAAGCUGGGGAUGGCUGUGGGCGCACUUUUUAUUCGAGAUAACUUCAAUCAUGAUAGCAAGGAAACAGCACUAGAGAUGAUCCGCACCAUACGCGAAGCAUUUAACGAAUUAUUAGCGGAAAAUCACUGGAUGGACGACGAGACUAGAGCGGUCGCUAAAAGCAAAGCUGACUCCAUGAACGAGAGAAUUGGGUAUCCCGAGUUUUUGAAGGACCCCGUUGAACUGUCAAAGGAAUACGUAGUGUUGAAUAUAACUGAGGACCAUUUCCUGGAGAACGUGUUAGCCGUGCUGAAAUACGACGCUUAUCAUAAUCUACAGAAACUGCGGAAGCCAGUUGAUAAGAACAAAUGGUCCACGGAGCCGGCUGUUGUGAACGCCUUCUACAAUCCCAAUACGAACGACAUCGUUUUCCCAGCCGGCAUUCUCCAACCGCUUUUCUACUCCCAGCACUUCCCCAAAUCCCUGAACUACGGCGGCAUCGGUGUAGUGAUAGGUCACGAGAUCACCCACGGCUUCGACGACAAAGGCCGCCAGUUCGACAAAGACGGCAACAUGAUGCAAUGGUGGAACGAUGCCACGGUAAGGGCUUUCAGGCAAAGGGCUCAGUGCAUCGUGGAUCAAUACUCCAGAUACACGUUGCAAGAAGUCAAUUUGCACAUCAACGGCAGGAUGACGCAGGGGGAGAACAUCGCCGAUAACGGAGGACUCAAACAAUCCUUUAGGGCGUACAAGAAGUGGGUGUCCAUACACGGGGAGGAGCCACUACUGCCCGGCGUGAACCUAACUCACGAUCAGCUGUUCUUCCUGAACUAUGCUCAGAUCUGGUGCGGUUCGAUGAGACCGGAGGACGCACUGACGAAGAUACGAAGCAGCGUGCACUCUCCGGGUCCUAUACGGGUCCUGGGACCCUUGUCCAACAGCGAGGACUUCGCCAGGGCGUUUGACUGCCCCCCGGGCUCGCCCAUGAACCCUACGCACAAGUGCAGUGUGUGGUAAUACCGAAGAGUAUGAAAGCAUCAUGUCAUACUAGGCAAAUUAGUUCAGCUCGUGUUCGUUGUUAACCAUGAUGACGCCACCAAAGACUCGUUUCAUUUCCUCGUGGUACAUCGUGGUGUGGUUCCAGCGACUGGGAACGCGGAGUUUAAAAGAGUUGUAUCAGUGUGCGUGUGCGUGUAAAAGUUACAUGUUGUAUAUACAAGAUUUUAAUCGUAUGCAUAAUCGUUUCUGUGUGCUUCAGCUCGUCGUGGACGAGUCUAAUAAAUUUUUCGAUGAAAAUUUGUGGUUUCUUCCUUCCUCUUUUGUUAGGACGUUCGCUGUGUGCCGGGACGUUCGAAGAGCGGCGAUUUCACACGCGAUGUCGCGUGAUCGGAUGUUAUUGUAGAGGUGAUCUUCCACGCGAUAUCGCGUGGUCGGACAUUUUGUAAAAGUUCACGCGAUAUUGCGUGUUGGGAUGUUUAACGUGAAUGAUCGAGUAACAGGACGUUUUUUUAAUAAGUUGGUGAAGUAAUAGUUUUUUAAUAAGAUGGAAGGAUAUAAAAAAGUUGCAAACAAUGAAGUAUUUGUUGAAAGAUUUAUUCUAUAUUGGAACAUAUCAUCCAUACAUAGCACGGUCAAAACCGAUCUCGCAUUUUUGUUUUCAUGUAAAAAAGGUGGAAAUAAAAAUAAUAUACAACAGACAGAAGGGCUCUCCCUUUUUCUCUUUCUCUCACUUUGCGUAAUAUAUCACUUUACCUUACUGGCUACACGCAUUUACACAAAUGUUUAUACAACGUUAUGUACAACAUAAAAAAUUGCAGCAGAAAAGAAAAUGAAUAAUCGUUCCACCGUGGAUCGUAACUAACGCUUAAAUAAUAGUAACAGUACCAACCGAUACGUAUCGGCGUAUAAUCGAAUUUUUCUCAAUUAAACAACUAAUAACAAUUAAAAAAUACAAUCUGUAUAUUGGAUGCAAACGAAAGAAAACUAAACUACGAUGUUACUGUACUCGAAUUACAUUCGAAUAUCAUAGAAUCUAUUUUAACAUUAACAAAAUCGCGAGAA